AUGCGUGCUCUGUUCAGCCAAUACAUUGAGUGCAACGAGGACUGGAUGUCAUCCGUCUUGGUGAUUUCCACGGAGAACACUGAGAGGGAGCAAACCCGGGGCACUUACAAGUGGCUGACUAAGAUGGAUUUGAUGGUCAAGUAUCAUCAGAAUGCAGCCUUGGUCCAGGAGUUGAUCACUGGUAAGCUGGUCUCUGGUGAUUGGAAAGACCAUCCUGAGUUUCCUGGGCGUGAAGACAUGCGGCUGUAUCGUUGCUGGGUGGAGGAUGUUGAAGAGACGGAACAUAUUAGCUCCAGGUCUGCCAGAGUGAUUCGGGAGGCUGACGGGCAGCACUCAGGGAAUACCGGCGGUUCUCCAGCUGGUGGUGGGGGUGGUGCACCGAGUGGUGGCAAUGGCGGCAAGGGCAGGAACAAGGGCAAGAACAAGAACAAGGGCGGGGAGAAUGCCCCCCGCUGA